AUGUGCUCGGUAGAUAUCUUCCUCGGCUUCCUAGCCAUCCUCUUCCCCCCGCUGCCUGUCUGGGUCAAACGUGGCAUUUGCUCUGUCGACUCCGUGAUCAACAUCCUUCUCCUCAUGCUUGGCUACAUCCCCGGUCUCAUCCACGCAUGGUACAUCAUCGCCAAGUUCCCCGAACCACCUUACGAAUACGACGUCGUCCCCGGCCAGGACAGCGAACGAGGCCGCGUCACCUACAUCUUCGUCCACACCCCUCCGCCUCAAAGCCAGCCUCAGUACAAGCCCCAGGGCCCGGACAACGUGAAUUACGGAACAACGAGUCAUCCCGGCCAGUCGUCCAAUUCUCGCGGACCUCAAGCCCAGACCCAGGCCCAGCCCCCGCAUGACCCCCAGGGCCAUGAGGACGCAGGCGAAGGCGGUAGCAACGGGCCCGCGCCGCCCAGCUACGCCCAGGUCGUCGCCGGCGAUCACAAGGUCCAAGACCAGGCAUAG